GAUUUAGUUCCCGUGUCGCUCCCCAGAGAGCGCAGCGGUAGCGGAUGUGAGGUGGGGUGGGGGCACGACCGUCAACUGUCUUCAGUUGUGUCUCUCGUCUCUUCCGGUGCGUUCCGAAGACACACGUAAACAUGGCGGACGCUGCGCCUGCCGCUCGUGGAGGUUUCCGAGGAGGUUUCGGGUCUCGUGGUGGUGACCGUGGCCGUGGCGGUCCUCGCGGUCGAGGCCGUGGCCGCGGACGCGGACGCGGCAAGGAGGCCGAGAAGGAGUGGGUGCCCGUCACCAAGCUGGGCCGUCUGGUCCGCGAUGGCAAGAUCCGCACCUUGGAGGAGAUCUACCUCUUCUCUCUCCCCAUCAAGGAAAGUGAAAUCAUCGAUUUCUUCAUGGGCGUGACCCUGAAGGAUGAGGUGCUCAAGAUCAUGCCUGUCCAGAAGCAGACCCGUGCUGGUCAGCGUACCCGUUUCAAGGCCUUCGUCGCUAUUGGUGACUCCAACGGCCACAUCGGUCUUGGAGUGAAGUGCUCCAAGGAAGUUGCCACCGCCAUCCGUGGUGCCAUCAUCCUUGCCAAGCUGUCAGUUGUGCCUGUCAGGCGAGGCUACUGGGGUAACAAGAUCGGAAAGCCCCACACCGUUCCUUGCAAGGUUACUGGCAAGUGCGGUUCAGUCCAGGUGCGUCUGAUCCCCGCUCCCCGUGGUACUGGCAUUGUUGGUGCUCCUGUCCCCAAGAAGCUUCUGCAGAUGGCUGGUAUUGAAGAUUGUUACACUUCCGCCCGUGGUUCCACCGGUACUCUUGGCAACUUUGCCAAGGCCACCUAUGCUGCCAUUGCCAAGACUUACGCGUACCUGACCCCCGACUUGUGGAAGGAGAUGCCUCUUACUAAGGCACCCUAUGCGCAGUAUGCUGAGUUCUUGAGCAAGAACCACCGCCCUGUCACUCAGAGGCCUGAUGCUUAAAUAAACUCAUUGGACUCCAUUCCAUCUCCACAA